ACCGGAAGUUAAACGUUCUCGACGUUCAUGUGGCUCCACGUUGACAACAAAGUGUCUCUAAACUGUUGUUAUUAUCCGUGAUUCAGAGAAUAUUUACAAGCUUCAACAUUAAACAUGUCGGACAACGAAGACAAUUUCGACGACGGAGAUUUUGAUGAAGGCGACGAAGAUGAGGGAUUAGAGGACCUGGAAAACGCCGGAGAUGAGGACCGGGAGAACGUGCAGAUCCUGCCCGCAGGACAGGGGCCGCAAGCCAACCUGAAGAGGAUCACAACAGCGUACAUGACCAAGUAUGAGAGAGCCCGAGUGCUCGGGACACGAGCUCUCCAGAUCGCGAUGUGCGCUCCAGUCAUGGUGGAGCUGGAGGGAGAAACGGACCCCUUGCAAAUAGCUAUGAAAGAGCUCAAGGGCAGAAAGAUCCCGAUCAUCAUCCGCAGAUACCUUCCCGAUGGGAGUUAUGAGGACUGGGGCUGUGACGAGCUCAUCAUAACUGAUUAAACCACUCAUCCGGUCUGAAUGAGUUAAUUUAAUAUAUGCUGGUUCACUCCCACCAUCAUAUCAGGCCAGUCAGCCACACACACCCGGAAGAUUCCUCAGGCCGAUCCCAGCACCGCCCACCUGUACAUGCCUCAAUUUGAUCCGCACACACCCAUUGCAUCAGGUGACUGAGUCUGUGAAAUAUGAACAUAUGAAGUGUGCUCAUUAGACACUUGAAGAAUAAUUCAAAUCAAAACACUUGCAUGGUUAUGAUCUUGUGGUCUGACUGGUAACAUUUUUAGUUUCAUAGUGUUGUGUAAAAAAUCCAGAGUUCUUAUUUACUAGUUGUGUUAUACCGAAGAGCCACAAGGGGCUGACAUUUACUUUGUUUUACCAAAUAUACCCUUGUGGUAAUUUGUCCAUGUUUUGUUCUGAAGAAGAGAGGUGUUUAGUGUAAAAUAACUUUUAUUGUUAUUAAUAAAAACGUUUGUUUAAAUGA